AUGUGCAUACCGGCUACAUUGACCUAUAUCAAUAUGGAUCAUAGUGUGACGGGUUCGCCGGAGCUGAUACCGUACCCCGAUUGGCGCAGCAACACAGCUGGUGAUUGUGCGAACAGCAUCACCACGGCGUAUCGCAUCAAAGCGGAUGAGUGUGGACGGCUAUGGGUGCUUGAUACCGGCACAGUGGGCAUUGGCAAUACCACCACCAAUCCAUGCCCAUAUGCUGUGAAUGUCUUUGACUUGCAAACGAACACGCGCAUAC